AAUCCGUUGAAGUUUGUGGGGUAACAGUGAGUGUAACCUUCCGCGCUCAGUAAGAAGUGCUGAGGCUAGGGCCGCCGCCAUUUUGAAUGUCUGGUCCCUUCCUUCCUCCGUCGCGCAUAGAGAGAAGAUUCCGGUUGUUUUCUGGUGUCGUUACGGCUGAGGAUGCCAGCUCCGAUCAGACUGCGGGAGCUGAUCCGGACCAUCCGGACGGCUCGGACCCAGGCCGAGGAGCGAGAGAUGAUCCAGAAAGAAUGCGCAGCGAUCCGAUCAUCCUUCAGAGAAGAAGACAACACUUACCGCUGUAGAAACGUUGCAAAGCUGCUGUAUAUGCACAUGUUGGGUUAUCCGGCACAUUUCGGGCAGCUGGAAUGUCUGAAGCUGAUCGCCUCACAGAAGUUCACCGACAAGAGAAUAGGGUACCUGGGGGCCAUGUUGCUGUUGGACGAGAGGCAGGACGUCCAUUUACUAAUGACGAACUGCAUUAAGAACGAUCUAAAUCACAGCACACAGUACGUCCAGGGACUGGCCUUGUGCACCCUAGGCUGUAUGGGAUCGUCAGAAAUGUGUCGCGACCUGGCCGGGGAGGUGGAGAAGCUCCUCAAGACGUCAAAUUCCUACUUGAGGAAAAAGGCAGCGCUGUGUGCGGUUCACGUCAUCCGGAAGGUUCCGGAGUUGAUGGAGAUGUUCCUGCCGGCGACAAAAAACCUGCUGAGCGAGAAGAAUCACGGAGUUCUCCACACGUCUGUCGUUUUACUCACUGAAAUGUGCGAACGAAGUCCCGACAUGCUCACCCACUUCAGAAAGCUGGUUCCUCAACUGGUGCGAAUCCUGAAGAACCUGAUCAUGUCUGGAUACUCUCCUGAACACGACGUGUCCGGCAUCAGUGAUCCCUUCCUGCAGGUGCGGAUAUUGAGGCUGCUGAGAAUUCUGGGAAAGGGCGACGACGACUCUAGUGAAGCUAUGAAUGACAUUCUUGCACAGGUUGCGACAAACACAGAGACGAGUAAAAAUGUAGGCAAUGCGAUCUUGUAUGAAACUGUUCUGACUAUUAUGGACAUCAAAUCAGAGAGUGGAUUAAGGGUAUUAGCUAUUAAUAUCCUGGGACGUUUUCUUCUCAACAAUGACAAAAACAUCAGAUAUGUGGCGCUGACGUCUUUACUGAAAACGGUGCAGACAGACCACAAUGCAGUUCAAAGGCAUCGGAGUACCAUCGUGGACUGUCUGAAAGACCUGGACGUCUCCAUCAAAAGACGUGCGAUGGAGCUGAGUUUCGCCCUGGUCAACGGAAACAACAUCCGUGGGAUGAUGAAGGAGCUGCUAUAUUUCCUGGACUCGUGCGAUCCGGAGUUCAAAGCCGACUGCGCGUCUGGGGUCUUCCUGGCCGCUGAGAAGUAUGCACCCUCUAAAAGAUGGCACAUAGACACCAUUAUGAGGGUGUUAACAACGGCGGGGAGUUACGUCCGAGACGACUCUGUCCCUAACCUCAUUCAGCUCAUCACCAACAGUGUGGAGAUGCAUGCUUACACCGUGCAGAGACUCUACAAAGCCCUGCUGGAUGACAUCUCACAGCAACCUCUGGUGCAGGUGGCGUCCUGGUGCAUAGGAGAGUACGGAGACCUGCUGGUGUCAGGCCAGUGUGAGGAGGAGGAACCCAUUCAAGUUACAGAAGAUGAGGUCUUGGAUGUUUUGGAAGGUCUUCUCGUCUCCAACUUGUCCGCCCCCGUCACCCGAGGUUACUCGCUGACUGCCAUCAUGAAGCUGUCCACUCGUUUCAGCGGUGUGAAUCGAAUAAAGAAAGUGGUGUCUAUAUAUGGCAGCAGCAUAGACGUGGAGUUACAGCAGAGAGCUGUGGAGUACAAUGCGCUUUUCAAGAAAUACGAUCACAUGAGGCCGGCCUUGUUGGAGCGAAUGCCCAUUAUGGAGAAAACGGCUACUAACGGCCCGACGGAGAUCGUACAGACCAACGGAGAGACGGAACCUUCUGUACUGGACACGAAACACCCGCCCAGCAUCGCUCAGACAAAUCAGGCGAAUGAUUUGUUGGACUUGCUCGGAGGUAACGACGUCCCGGUGAUCCAAACGACUCUGCCGACUAAACCCGCCUCAGCCGGAGGAGAGCUGCUCGACCUACUCGGGGAUCUCUCUCUCUCUGGUGGUCCGACCCCUGCCCCUGCUCCUACUGUACCCGUAUCCCAGCCGCCGUUCCUCCUGGACGGUCUCUCCUCACAGCCGCUCUUCAACGACACUGCAGCAGCUAUUCCUCCGAUGACGGCGUACAACAAGAACGGCUUGAAAAUCGAGUUCACCUUCGAGAGGUCCAACCCGAACCCUAACGUUUCGGUCAUCACCAUCCACGCCUCCAACUCCACCGAGGCGGACAUGGCCGAGUUUGUGUUCCAGGCUGCGGUACCAAAGACGUUCCAGCUGCAGCUCCUCUCUCCUAGCAGUAAUAUUAUCCCAGCGCUCAACCAGGGAAGCGUCACGCAAGUCAUCAGGGUUCUUAACCCGCAGAAGCAACAGCUGCGAAUGCGCAUCAAGCUGACGUACAACUACAAAGGCUCUCCCGUUCAGGACAUGGCCGAGGUCAACAACUUCCCCCCUCAGUCCUGGCAGUGAUUGUGCUGUUCACUCGAUCUGUAACACACACACACACACACACACACACACACACACGCACACACACACACACACGUACGUACGUAUACAUGUGCGCGCAUACACACACCCGCAAACCCCAAUCAAGGGAACUGUGAGCUAUGGAGCACCCUUCCUCAUCCCUGACUGGCUCCCUGUGACAUAACGGCACAUCGCUGCCCUGGGGUUGCAUGGGAAAAACAGGGGAAUUUUUCCAACACACACACGAUGGUGUGAAAACCAUGAUUAUGAUGACAAUGAUGAACGCUUUCCCUUUUUUCUGUUUUGUCUGUCUGCUUCAGAAUUAGCACAUCACUUCUAUUAUCAGCUCGCACACGGGUACUCGGUUUAGUGUAUACACACACCCACACCCACACCCACACCCUAAGCUGACCCUGACCCUCUUUCUGUCUGGUCUAUACAUGGCAUAUUCCACUCGACGGUCACUCUGGGGAGGAGCUUGUUGGAACGAGCUUUUGAUUUGUCUUGAUUUUCAUGAUUUUUAAUCGUAAUAGGCUUCAUUUUUUUUUAGAUGAAAGAUUAACAAAAAAUUCAUAGCGUUAGGCACUUUUUUUUUUUUUUUUUUUUUUUUUUUUAAGGCAUUUCAGAGUCGGUUUAUAUACCGGAGGCAUUUCACGAAGAACAACAAAACUGGCGAGACGAAACGUUCGAGUCAUCAGCUUUACCUUUCGCGAACGCGCGAUUUCGCCGAUCGGCUAUUCGCUACUCUAUAGUCUUCGUUGCACGUUGUACACCUUUUUGCUUAAACCGCAGUUCGACUCUGAGGUGGUGGAAAUCUGGGAGGGGGUCGGCUUAUUUGUCCUGCGUUCUCACACAACACGCGGCGAAGUCACGGGCCGUCGUUCAUUUCGUACGUACGUGCGCGUGAUUUCAACGAGCGACUUUUCCAAGUUCCGCGCAAAUCAGGAACGACUUGUUGGCUAAAAUGAUAACACACACGUGAAUCGUUCCUCGGACCGAUCCUACGACGCAGGUGGUCCGACCGUUUCUUCGGUUUGCGACGUCCAAAAAUAGAAGAAGGAAAAAAAAAAGCCACUGGUUUUUCGGCGCAGUUCCAUUUUAUACCAUCAUUAAAUGCGUAUAGAGACGUUAGAGGGGAAAUGAAGCUUGGACGGGGGUAACAGAUCGCUGGAGCCUCUACGUGGCUAGUACGAUUAGCUAGCAUUGCUAAUCUGACAGCGUAGCUAGUACAAUGCCGAGCAUGUAAUGUUUUAAAAAAAACAAAAAAGACAAGAAAAAACCUUCUUUUUUUUUUUUUCUUUCUUUCUUUCUUUCUUUCUUUUUUUUUUAAACACAGAUGUUCAGUUUGAUUAUUUAGCUUUAGGUAGUUUCUAUAGCUACUACCAUUUCUCAUCGAACGUUAAAAAGAAAGAAAAAAAAAACUCACUAAAGGCCACGCCCACAGUCGGGAAAACUUCUCGCCCGUCCGUGUGAACGUAGGUUUGUUUGUACAGAUCAAUUCUUUCACAGCGUUCACGUUAGACACACAUUGGUGGGGUUGUUUUUGUUUUUUUUUUGUCUGUGUGUUUGUUUUUUUUUCCGUCAAGUCGGAAUUCCCCGUGUCUCUGUUUAGUAUUUUGUCGCGAUACAAAGACGUCGUUUGACAAAAAGUCGUCGCUUAAACAUCCGUGCAAUCCGGAGACGGGUCGAAAUUUGACACUGUAUACGAGGUCCAUCAUGAAUGUAGUUGCAUGCACUGAGUUAAUACGUUUAUUCUAUUUUUUUUUUUUGAAGUGAAAAAACAAAACAAAACCCUGUCGCCUGACUUUAAAGCAUCGUGCCUUUUUCGCCAUAAUGGUUAACGCCGGACCGAUUGAUUGGCUGCUUUCUGUCGGAGGAACGUUUAUUACAUUCGUGGCGGAUCUCCAGGAUGUGACGUAGGUGUGUGAGUCUGCGUGUGAGGUCUGAGGUGUGAACUUUCCCCCUGACUAUCUCCUGUUUUUCAGAAAAAACAUUGGAAGCAGUAACUGAAAUACCUCGUGUUUUAUUUUAAUUUUUUUUCCAUUAGGAUCAAAACGGUAUAUCAAGGCAUUUUUGAGUGAUUUGGGGGGGGAGACACUUCUGUAUCCUUUCAAACACGUCACUAACAAAUCUCAGUCUUCACUUACUGACUUACACACACUGACCAGGUAGAUUUUUAGUUCAGUGACCAAAUCAGAGCUUAUGUGUAUAUGGUGAAGAAGAAAAGGGGGGGGGGGGGGGGGGGUCAGUGUGCGUUGUUACUUGAUUUUUUUUUUUUCUUCUUUCUUUUCCCUCCGCCUUUCUUCCUUCUCUCGUGAUGUCUUGGGACUUUUUUUUUCCUGUACAUAUUGAGGGCUUUUAAGAUGCAUCUAUCCUUUUCACCUUUUUUGUUUCUCUUUUUUUUUCUUUUUAAACAUAUUGACCCCUUUUUCUAAUCUAAAAUCCUACGCAGUGAUCAGUCUAAUUUAAUAACGUCCCUGUUUGAUUGUUUAUUCAGAAGAAAAUGUAUUAUCUGCUGCCUGUAUAUUGUAUAUAACUUGUAAAAGAUGACGGUGGGGGGAGGGGGAAUCAAAAAUCAAAUAAACUCCAAUUUGAAGACGUGCGGAGAUUAGUUAGGGGGCUGUACUUGUAUACAAGUGUAAAGAAUCAAAGUGCAUUUCUUUUUUCCUUUUGUUUUCUUCUCUGUUUGAUUUGCUAAUCACGUAGAUAGUGGUCAGAAUGUCGGUGGUUUGAUGCACUACUGAAAUGAGGUUUCGCAAUAUGAUGAAGGGACGGAUGAUGAUGAUGAUGAUGAUGCAUGCGCCGCAUCACCACCCUAACCCUCCUCACGCUUAGCUUUCUAUCAACGAAUCACCUUCAGGUCACUGUUGGCAUCGUCAUUACUUUUACAUGACUAGGAAACGACCAUUUCACUCGUAUGCCCAUAUAAUAUAUAUUAUAUUUUAUUUUCCCGUAAGUUCACCUCAGUGAAAGAUGCGCACUGAUUUUUUUCACGCUGGAGAGAGAUGAUUAACACCACACACAUUUCUGAUUGUUCUGUUCAUUCUCCGAGAUGCGGGUCUUCGAGUACCGGACCGAUCGAAGCUGUUACUGUGUCUUAAAUGUUUCUCUCCAUCCAUUUACUCGAUGAGGUGUAUGACUAAAAGGGGACUGGAGAACAAAAAGAAGGCGAGGAGGAAUACAAUCAGGCCCUAUGCUGCUUUUUAUGCUUGUUCUAUUCACUUAGCUCAAGUGUGUGUGUGUGUGUGUGUGUGUGUGUGUGUGUGUGUGUGUGUGUGUGUGUGUGUGUGUGGCGUGUUGCCGGAGAGGAGGAUCCGAGACUGAGCGAGUUGCCUUCCUGCACCUUUUCCUAACACCCCUCCCCCCGUCUGUUAAACAUCUUUUUUGUGUGUUGUUUCGGCUGCAAUGUUUUUUUUUGUUUGUUUGUUUUGUUUUGUUUUGUUUUUUUUCCGACUGCAUGUGGAAAAACCCUGAUUGUAAAUAUUUGUCAUUUUUACUCUUUCUGUAAAAAAAAAGAAAAAAAAAAGAAAAAAGAAAGAAGAAGGAAAAGAAGAACUUCCUGUCGAUGCAAGAGAAGAUGCGAUUCUUUAAAGUUUCCCCCCACAUCCAUCGUGUACCUUCUUUGGAGAAUCGUGUAACGGAAUUAAAACCCCACGCGCGGCGUUUCACCCCGUCUGAAAGAGUCGUUUAUCGCACACUUGGACGAUUCUCUCCUCCAUCCGUAUCCCCUGUUCGUUUAAAUAAAUAAAUAAAUCGAUAAUUUUUGGACUCUGAUCUUUACGGGGGCUUCUUUUUUACGCUCGCUGUCCAUCACGUUGUCCAAGUGUGUAGAGGAUGAUGAGGGUGGUGGUGGUGGUGGUGGUGGUGAUGAGGAUGAUGGGAGGGCUUGGGUGUACUUCAUACGUGCUGACGUUUUUUUUUUUUGUUGUUUCGUUUGUUUGUUUCCCCUCAUCGAUAAGUUUGACAUGCUGAACUGAAUCAGUGUCCCGUGUCUUCAAGGAGUGAGCGAGCGAGCGAGCGAGUGCUGGACUGAAAAUAAUUCAUGAUGAUGAAUGAAAAACUUGUAAUCUACUACAGUGGGAUAUUUUAGACUUAUGCUGUGUAUAAUUGUCUUUGGGUUGGAGAAAAUGACCAAGAGAAAUAAAACAUUUUAAAAAAGUCAAAACUAA